AUGAGCAUCAGGUCCCAGCCUUUACAGCCGCUUAACAGCGGCCACCUUAACAAGGCUAAUUUGACUCCAGUCAAGGCCUCCAGAAGAAAGGAGUACGACCUAUACCACAACCAGCACUACCAGCCCCAGCAUCAAGCUCAGGCCCAAGUUCAUCAUCAGAUUCCUGUGACCGAGCCCCAGCAAGAAAAGCCCAAGAAGAAGAAGGAAAAGCUCCUGGCUCUUUGUAAAACUCCUCCAUCGAUUGUCAGAACUAGAAGCGGCAUUGACUACCGUAGAGGCAACUUCUUGGGAGAAGGCGGCUUCGCCCGUUGUUUCCAAAUGAGAGAUGCCUCGGGUAGAAUCUACGCUGCCAAAACCGUCGCCAAGGCGCUGAUCAAGAACGAGAAAACAAAGACUAAGCUUUUGCUGGAAAUCAAGAUCCACAAAUCGCUCAAGCACUCUAAUAUCGUCAACUUUGUCGACUGCUUUGAGGAUGACGUCAAUGUCUACAUUCUUUUAGAGAUUUGUCCCAAUCAAUCGCUCAUGGAGCUCUUGAAGACCAGAAAGAGAGUAUCUGAGCCCGAGGUUCGUUACUUCAUGGUUCAGAUCGUCGGAGCAAUCAAGUACUUGCACUCUCGCAGAGUGAUCCACAGAGACUUGAAGCUUGGAAACAUCUUUUUUGACCCAGACAUGAACUUGAAGAUUGGCGACUUUGGUUUGGCCUCUGUGUUACCUUCUCUUGAAUCGAGAAAAUACACCAUUUGCGGAACUCCAAACUACAUUGCGCCAGAAGUUCUCGGUGGUAAGACCACUGGUCACUCCUUUGAAGUCGACAUCUGGGCCAUUGGUAUCAUGAUGUACGCCUUGCUUGUAGGCAAGCCACCAUUCCAAGCCAAAGACGUCAAUGUCAUCUACGAGCGUAUCAAGAAAACCGACUAUUCGUUUCCUCCCGACAAGAAGAUCUCCGACGAGGCCAAACAGUUAAUCCAGGACUUGUUGAGCUUGAACCCCUUGAAUAGACCGUCCAUCCACGAAAUCUUGGACUACCCAUGGUUCAAGGGCCCCUUCCCCAACAAAACCACAGAGGACGCCUUGACGGCCACUCCUUACGGUGUUGGAGAGGUUUCCCGUGCUCAAAGUGCCCUCAAUUUUGCCAACGCUAAGACUAGAGCAGGUAUCUACACCCCAAAGAGCAAGAACCCCGUGGAGAUCUUGAAGCUGGACUUGCAGUCAGACCAACCACGCACGGUAUUGCCACAAUCCUUGUCUCCAGGUGACACUCGUCUUAAAUACCAAGAGGUUGCUGUGCCAACCACUCUAAUGAGCGCCCAGAGAAGUACCAUGAGAAAGCUCAAUUUCCACUCGAAGUUCAACAAGACCAUUGUCAAAUUGGAUCUUUGCCUUCAGGAAACUGCCGACACAAUCCGCCGUCUACUGGACCUCACCAGAGAGAGGUCAAAGUUGGAGUUGGACGUCAGAGAGCUUCCCACUUGCGAGAACCCCACGCUUAUUUCCAAGUGGGUCGACUACUCCAACAAAUACGGUUUCUCGUAUCAGUUGAAUAAUGACGACAUUGGUGUUUUGUUCAACGAUGAAAACACCAUCCUCAAACUUCACGACAGCGAUUCGUUCUUUGAAUUGAUCUACCACGAGAAAGAAGGCUGGGCAUGCAUCGAAAGCUCGGUAACGAACCCUCCAGCACAGGCCAAGAGACAGCUUGAAAUCGUCGACUUCUUCGCCAAGUACAUGAACACAAACUUGUCGAAGGUCAGUGAAAACGAGCUGCGCAAACAAGUUGUAUUCUUGAGGCGAUACACUAGAAACAGCGACUACAUCAUGUUCGAGAUGACCAACGGUAACUUCCAAUUCAACUUCAAAGACCACCACAAGAUUUGCAUUUCUAAAGGCGGACUCGCCAUCUCCCACGUCUCGCCGAAUAGAGUGAUCCAAACGCACCCACUAGUACUAGUGUUGAAGCAAGGUAACUUCCCUCAGACGGAGGUGCCCAACUGUUUGGAGAAGAUAGCCAUGAUUGAAAAAGCCAUGAGGGAUAAGAUUCCCACUAAUGUAUAA